AUGGACAUCCACGCAGACGUGCAGCCUGGGCCAGCCCCUGACAUGGACUCAGGUGAUGAGGAGCUUCAGAGCUUGCAGCCCCGUGUCACGAAAGAACCGAGCAGGAGGUGCGGGUGGAGGUGGUGGGGACCGCUUGGGGUGGCCAGCUCCAUCGCCUUGCUUGUCGUGAGCCAGCAAAGCCAGCAAGCAGGUGUCGCGGAUUCUGCGGGCAGCGUUGUGGGCAAGCCGAAGGCGGAACCACAAGGGCCGCUUGUCCUCUCUGCCUCGACCCCCUCGGCCCCGCCCUCGGACUUGGAAGAGGGCUCCGAUGUCAAUCCGGACUGGCUUCAAGCAGACUUUGGUGGCGUGGUCGAUUUGAUUCAAGUACCUGGCAGUUGUCCACUGAUCUGCGGGACAUGGACUUCUUGCCUCGGAGACGUGAAGACCACAACCACAACCACCUGCCCACAUCUUAUUGGCUUGCCUCCCCUACCAGGUGGCGAGCUGAUUGCCGCGCCUCACUGCUACAAACUUCCCCCCCUUCCGGGCUACUACCCGGGCUACGGCUAUUGGACAGGGUACAUCGGGUCCCAUGUCCGCUUGCUUCUGCCUGCAACAGACGGCCAGGCAGGACAAGGCGAUGAGAAGGGCACGUGGGGUGAAGGCAAUGGCGCUUGGGGCGGCAAGGGCGCUUGGGGCGGCAAAGGCGCUUGGGGCCAAGGGAAAGGUGCUUGGGGCCAAGGUAAAGGUGCUUGGGCCAAAGGUUCUUGGGGCCAAGGAGGUGCACAGGGCAAGGGCGCAUGGGGCAAAGGUGCUUGGGACCAAGCUGGAGGCGCAUGGGGCCAGGGUCAACCUGCAGCGGCAAUGGCAGCUGGCACGGCAGGUCAAGCCCCCACACUUGGCGCUCCUGCGCCUGCCAUGUCAAACGGCACAGGCGCUUGGACUCCUGGCCAAGGUGCUUGGGGCAAUGGUGCUUGGGGCCAAGGCGCCUGGGGCCAAGGCGGCUGGGGCCAAGGCGCCUGGGGCCAAGGCUAUGGCACAGGAGCUUGGGGCCAAGGCAAUGGAGCGUACGGCCCGGGUGCAUGGAGCAAAAGUGCUUGGGGCCAAGGAGCAGGUGGAGCCUACGGAAAUGGCGCAUGGGACCAGGCCCAACCUGCAGCAGCUGUGGCAUCUGGCACGGCGGGUCAAGCCCCGGCACUUGGCGAUCCUGCCAAACCCGACGCUGCUGCAACAGACAAGGAUUCUGACCAAGCAACCGGCGAUGCUUGGGGGAAAGGUGCUUGGGGCCAAGGAGCUCAUGGCAAAGGUGCGUGGGGCCAAGGAGCCGCCGGAUGGGGCAAAGGUUCUUGGGGCCAAGGCCAAGGUGCCUGGGGCCAAGGGCAUGGAGCAUACGGCAAACGUGCUUGGGGCGCAUGGGGCAAAGGUGCUUGGGGCCAACCUGGAGCCACUGGAGCCGGGGCGUGGGGCCAGGGGCAAGCUGCAGCAGCCAUGGCAGCGGGCACGGCGGGUCAAGCCCCGACACUUGGCGCUCCUGCGGCUGCCAUGGCCACACCUGGAGCCGGUGCCUGGGGCAACGGCGCUUGGGGCAAAGGCGCUUGGGGCCAAGGCCGUUGGGGCCAAGGCGCCUGGGGCCAAGGUGCUUGGGGCCAAGGCAAUGGUGCGUGGGGCAAAGGUGCUUGGAGCCCUGGCGCCUCUAGCACUGCGGGCGCCAGCGAGACACCCAUGGCCAUGAGCAUGCCAGGCCAAACCCCCGCUCAAAUGACUUUGCCAGGCACGCCAAGCGACAACCCCGUCUACGCCAGCUAUAUGUCCAAGUACUACCAGAACCUGUACAGAGGCAAAUGGUCCAAAUACUAUGGCGGUGCACGAAGAGGCUUCAACUACUACAAGCCAUGGAGUGGACACUACCGAUGGCUGUGGGGAAAGUUGUACGGCAGAUUCUACGGCAGGAGCUACAUCUCUCGCCGCUAUGGAUACACGGGCAACCACCUCACCAAGAUGAGCUCAUGGUACUGGGGGAGACAUCCUCACACUCCGAAGUGCACAACAACCACCACCACCGCAACGUUCAGUUGCACCAGCUCCUCAUGCCAGAUUCCCGAAGACUACGUGAAUGACACGUUUUGUGAUUGCCCCGACUGUGAGGAUGAAGCAGAUUUCACUUGUGACACCUGCCCCACUACGCACACUACGACUUCGUCGACGGCAAGCACAUUUACCUCCACGCAGACCACGGGGACUUCGACAACGAGCACCACAGCCACCUUCACGCGGACUCGUGGGAAGGGUCCAUACAUCCCGGACAAUGAUGGAGUCGCUCUGGGCGCAGCUUUGGGUUCGACCCUGGGUGCGGCACUCGCCGUCUCGUUGGGCGUCGGCCUCGGCUUGUCUACCGGCCUGGGCGUCUUCUUUGCCACUGGCAGCUUUUCGGUCUCCGUGCCAAAUGCUGGAGAAUUCCGCCAGGAUCCAGAUGCAAUCGCUGCCCUCAAGAAGACCGUCGCAAAGUUGGCUGGGCCGAACAUUGACGAGAGUACCGUCGAGUUGACUGUGCCGUGCGAGAAUGCGAAGAGGCGUCUUGAUGUUCGCAGUGCACUUCGCCGCUUGGACGAGACGGUCGGCGUUUGCUUCAGGAUCUCCAUCCGUGGCGAGGAGGCCAGCACGAGUGUGUGCCAGCGGCUGUCGGGCUUUGGCACAGGGUCCGCUCAGCGAGUCCUCGCUGAGGAACUGAGCAAUAUUCCCGGACGCUCGGUGCGGGUCGUCAGUUGGGACGCCCAACCAAACCCGAUCGCAUACAACCCCAACCAGAAUGUCGGAGAUUCAGGCGGUGGAUUUGAUCCAUCUCAGGCGGGAAUCUCACUCGGCUAG